UACAGCUCAGUCGAGUCUGCUUUCCUUGGAAAUUUCAGUUUAAUAACCUAAUGCUGUAAUGAAACUAGUUCCACAGUUCAAUAAUAAAAACAAAAACAAAAAAAAGUUAGAUUUGGGUACCAGUGAAAACAACGAUGGAUGAAGUCAACACAAUUUAUAUUCUACUCUAGGCCCUAGAGUAAAAUUAUAUUUGGAUUGAGCUGAGUAAAGGGAAGCUGCAUCAUACUAUAUUACAACUGAGGGGUGAUUGAUGAGAGAGCCUUGCACACCUGACUGGAAGUUGUGGUUCUGGAGUUUAGGAUUUGAAAGGUUGGUUUGGAAGGAAGGAAGGAAGGAAAUAGAGGGAAGAUGAUAAUGGAACUAGCAACGCGAGUUGCUCAACUCUACGAGGACGUCAUGAAACACUCUGACCCCCGGCUAAACGUCUACCCGAUGAUGCAGAGCCCCACCCUCAUGACGAGUAUCCUGGUGGGCUACGUCAUCUUCGUGCUGAAAGUGGGACCCCGCUUCAUGGCCAACAGGAAGCCCUACGACCUCAAGGGGGUCAUGGUUGCUUACAACUUCUUCUUAGUUGCCUUCUCCAUCUUCAUAGUGUAUGAGUUCCUUAUGUCUGGCUGGGCAACAGACUACACCUGGAAGUGCGACCCUGUGGAUUUCUCAAACAGUCCACAAGGCCUCCGAAUGGUUCGAGUAGCCUGGUUCUUCUUGUUCUCCAAAUUCAUUGAGCUGCUGGACACAGUGUUUUUUGUUUUGAGAAAGAAGAACAGCCAGGUCACAUUCCUCCAUGUUUUCCAUCACUCAGUCAUGCCCUGGACCUGGUGGUGGGGGGUGAAGUUCGGACCAGGUGGAAUAGGCUCCUUCCAUGCCAUGGUGAACUCAGUUGUCCACAUUAUCAUGUAUUUCUAUUAUGGACUGUCAGCUGCUGGACCCAGAUUCCAAAAGUACCUGUGGUGGAAGAAGUACAUGACUGCAAUCCAGCUUGUCCAGUUUGUGCUUGUGUCCCUCCAUGUCACUCAAUACUACUUCAUGGACAAGUGUGACUACCAGUUCCCUCUGUUCGUCCACCUGGUCUGGAUAUACGGAACCUUCUUCUUCGUGCUCUUCUCCAACUUCUGGUACCAGUCGUACACCAAGGGCAAGCGGCUGCCCAAAACCCUGGACAGGGAUGGUGGCAAGGGGGCCAUCAUUGCCAAUGGGAAGCAUGUUGAAAAUGGCCACUCACAUCUGGAGAAUGGCAGUGCCCACAACGGGAAAAUGAAGGCCAAUUAACGGUCAUUAAAAUGGGAGGAAAACUAAACCAAACAAAAUCAGGAUGUAUUUUUCAUUUAACUUUUUUUGUUUCUUUUUUUUUUUUAUUCAAGAACUGUGCAACAACUGCAACAAAGGAGAAAAACAUGGCCAGUAGACUCCAAAGUCAGUUUUCUCUUCUGCUAUAGGAAAUCUGAUCCGUGGCUACAGACUGCUGUAUGCGAAGAGAAAACGGUGUCCAAUCACUGACAGUGUCUGUGCCACAAGGAUCAAAACUGCCUGUGUUAGCCACCCAGGGUAUUCCCCUCACCCCUGUUUAAAUAUAGCACCCAUGUAGCUAAAUCUAAUUAUCUUUAACAGUGAUGUACAGUUAGUCAUAAAAACUUGAAUACAACUGUAAAUAAAGUAUACAAGCCAGAACUACGGUGUAAAAUGGAUUGAGACCAAAUAAUAGUUAAACACAGUAGGGGGGGGGGGGAGAUUUUAAGAGGAAGGCACAGAUAUUAUAGGAAAGUUGAAAGAGAAAAAAUUGCUAUUUCAAGGAAUCCGUGGGAAGAUUAUUUGACUGACGUAUCUCAGCAUUUAUUGCAGAUGUGUCCUUUUAAAUAGGUCUACCAGCCAAAGCCCUCAACUAACACUAAACCUUUGUUUCUGCUUUUUUUUUUUUUACCUUUUUUAUUUCACUAAGCUGCCUCACCUAGGGUUCUCAAGUGGUUUUCAUGAAUGCAUACAUGCAUGCAUAUAUACAUAAAGCCACUUUGUUUGUAAUGCACUAACCCUCACAGUGUGCAUGGUUGGGUUUCAAGGUCUAAGGUCCGGUUAGGGAAGCCCAAUUUAUAUCUACCACAGGCAGUUUCGAUUCCCCCUGUUGCUCUAGUACUCAUUUAUUUGUGCCAUGAUUAUUCCAUUGUGUUGUGGCUUUUUUAUUUAUUUAUUUUAUUAACCUAUUUGUGGAAAAAGGAACCCCCAGUUAACCAGCUGUCAUGUUUAUUGCACGGCUUCAUAAGCAGCUUCAAGUCUGCCUAACUGUCAGUGUGCAGCCACUCAACAGUGUAGCAGCUGUCUGUGGAUAGACUUUAUGCUUCAGUGUUCACGGCUUCCUCACGUGAGCACUAAGAUAAAGACAAUCUAGCUUUAUGGGUGCUAAUAAAGUAUACUAUAGUAGUAGAUUUGAAGAUUUAAGGGACUCCGUUGAACAGAUUAUGGUUGGAGAGCUGCAGGGUUUUGAAGUCAAAUUGUUCACCCAGCCGGUUACAGUGAAGCUGAAAUCAUGAAGAUCACAGUUGCACUAUUGGCAUGUUGCAUCUGGAUUGUUGAUGUCCUGACGCCCUUCUAACCUCCCAGAUUCUGGUAAUUGCAUCCCCCUACCUACCUGGUUCUAGUGACUUAAGUCAAGUGAAAAUCUCCUAACAAUGCCCAAGUUGAUCAAGUUAAAUGUUAAAAUAUAUAAAGGCUGGAAAGAAAGAACUGUUGUCUGUAGAAGAGUUUGAUUGUAUUCUCGCUCUUCCUUAAUUUUCUGAAAUAAUAAAUAUAUAUAAUUAAAAAAAAAAAAAGCUUUUGUAUAAUGGCUGAGUGUGUUCUUUAAAUUGACGUGUUUCCUCACACUAGUUUUUACAAAAGCGGUCUCUCUUCUUCAGGAUCUGCCACCUGGGAGAGAAGAAUUACUGUGGGUCUGCACUGAAAGAAUCCAAAUAACCAAAACCAUACAAGCAGUAUUAUUGUGAUUUAUUAUUAUUAUUUAAAAAGUGAAAUUACUUUGGUAGCAUACCCUUGUCUGAUAAAUGACCCUGGGCAUGAUAUCAAAUGAUUCGGUAACAGUACAUAUCCUUCUUUUUACUGCAGAUUAUAAAUUCCUAUGACCAAGGCACCAGAAGUGAAUGUUACUAACAGAGAUUCCAAGUGUUUCUUUGGAGUUGAGCAGGCUCCUUUGUUAAUGUAUUGAAAAGUACAUACAGUGCCUUGCAAAAGUAUUCAGACCCCUGACCAAUUCUCUCAUAUUACUGAAUUACAAAUGUUACAUUGAAAUUUCAUUCAGUUUGAUAUUUUAUUUUAAAACACUGGAACUCAAAAUCAAUUAUUGUAAGGUGACAUUGGUUUUUAUGUUGGGAAAUAUUUUUAAGAAAAAUAAAAAACUGAAAUAUCUUGCUUGCAUAAGUAUUCAACCCACACACAUUAAUAUUUGGUAGAGCCACCUUUUGCUGCAAUAACAGCUUUAAGUCUUUUGGGGUAGGUAUGUACCAGCUUUGCACAGUGUCGGAGUGAUUUUGGCCCAUUCUUCUUGGCAGAUUUGCUCUAGGUUGUUCAGGUUGGUUGGACGACGCUUGUGGACCGCAAUUUUCAAAUAGUGCCACAGAUUCUCUGUGUCUUGACGCAUGGGCAGUGUUAGGUUUGCGCCACACAUAGCGCUUUGAGUUUUGGCCAAAAAGCUCUAUCUUGGUCUCAUCUGACCACAAAACCUUUUCCCACAUCGCAGCUGGGUCACACUCAUGCUUUCUGGCAAACUCCAGACGUGCUUUCAGAUGGUACUUUUUGAGCAACGGCUUCUUUCUUGCCACCCUCCCAUACAGGCCAGUGUUAUGCAGAGCUCUUGAUAUGGUUGACUGGUGCACCAUUACUCCACUCCCAGCCACUGAACUCCUGUAGCUCCUUCAAAGUGAUUGUUGGCCUCUCUGUGGCUUCUCUCACAAGUCUCCUUCUUGUUUGAGCGCUGAGUUUUGAGGGACGGUCUUUUCUUGGCAGUGCCUGUGUGGUGUGAUGCAGCUUCCACUUCCUGAUUAUUGAUCCAACUGUGCUCACUGGGAUAUCCAAACACUUGGAUAUUAUUUUGUACCCUUUCCCUAAUCUAUGCAUUUGUAUUACUUUAUCUCUAACUUCUGUAGAAUGCUCUUUGGUCUUCAUUUUCCUUCAGAUUCACAGCCUGACCAAUGGUGGAGGCCAAUGGUAAGGUAAUUGUGUCCUCGUUAGGGCAAUUUCUUUCAUCGGUGUAAACUGGGAGCUUCCACAGCACAGGGGUUGAAUACUUAUGCAAGCAAGAUAUUUCAGUUUUUUAUUUUUCUUAAAAAUAUUUCCCAACAUAAAACCAAUGUCAUCUUACAAUUUUUAGUUUCAGUGUUUUAAAAUAAAAUCUCAAACAGAACGAAAUUUCAAUGUACCAUUUGUAAUUCAGUAAUAUGAGAGAAUUGGUCAGGGGUAGGAAUAAUUUUGCAAGGCACUGUAUAUUGCAAUCACUGAAAUACUGUGCUUUUAUUUCUUUCUUUUUUUCAGUCCUUUUUAAGGUGCUUUGGUUAUGAGUUUGGGAACUUGCUCUUCCGUUAGGGUUGCCUGCCACACACAUAAACAGGGUGAUUAAAUUGAAAACUUUCAA